AUGGGUGAGGUAGUACGAAAUCAAUUAUUUGUUGCUGGGUAUAAUGGUAACAAAAUAGCAGAUGAUAAGGGAAUCAAAGACAUAUUUAAGAAAUAUGGAAGCAUUAAAGAUGUUGCUUAUUAAGGCUGA